CUUCCAUCUUUUGCGUCCUAUAAUCCCUCCCAUAUACCAUGUCGUCUGAUACAGAGCAAAGAAACUGCAAAGGCGCCAACGCAGGUCGUACGCCCACUCCACCUACCGUCGACGACAUGCCCCUCGCCGCCUUUUUUGCUCAAUUCGCCUCAUUCUCCUUCUCCUUCAACGCCAAUCAGUCCUCAAGCAAGAACUUUAACCGUCUGAUCAAAGUCCUUAAAUGUGACCUCAAAACUCCACAAGGGCGUUUAAUACAAGACGGGUUCAGAGACGCGCUCGUUCAGGAAUUCAAUGCGCGUUUCGGAAGCGACAGAAACGACCUUUCUAACUGGCAGAAUUUGUGCCGUGCGCUGAAAAUUGAUCCUGUUCCAGGUUCAAUCAAGGCGUGUCGCCAGUGCGUUUGGAACACAAACGUCAACGCUGUAGACCUGGUUGAUUCAGCGAGGACUGGGAAGCCUGUAAAGCUGUUUGCAUCCUUGAAAGAGUUGACGGCAUACACUCUCCAGAAUCCGAAUUUAUUAUUGCCAAAGGAGAGUGCGUAUCAAGGCGGGUUACUGAAGGAUUUGCUGAGGGAGAUAAGAAACCCGUACUUAGGGAACUCCAGGAAUGGUAGUGCGAAGAGAAAGGAAAGAAAGAAGCAACAGAAGGCCAAAAAGACAGCAGCCUGAGCAGGAGGUAGCUGAACACGUAUUGAGUAGCGAAAACUGGCUGGAUCUGUCCCUAUGAAAUCGUUUCGCAACGUUCAUUUUUACUAUGUUCUCUGUAUCAGUAGCACACACUAUGCCAAUCUAUCUCCGAGUCGCAGGGAUGGCGUUGUUGAUACUUGUUUAUAGGCCUAGCCCGGGGCCGACAAAAAUCACCCUGAGGAUCGCAUCCCUUGAGAUAACUCAC